UGAGGACGGAGUGAUGGUCCUUCAGAAGUACUAAAGAGGAGACAAACCAGCUCAGUGUUCAUACGAGAAAGUGGCGCUUUUACAACAUCGAUUUUUCACACUCACAAAUGAGCCUUUUGUGGUGAUCUGGAGUUAAAGUUAACGCUGAAGUCUGGGAGCAGAGAUUGAGAGGAUGAGUGAUGUUACGGAGUCUGACUGAACUGUUACGGGAGCUAACGUUACCCAAACCGAUGCCUUUCUGAGUUUGACGGCAUGGCGCCUACUACCUGAACUUUUGCACGUUUCCUCCAAGCGUUUCGGUCAGCCGCUGGACAGUAGCAGAUUCUGCUACUUGUGAACCUGAAUGCGAGAUUCUCACCAAAAGUCAUGAUGUUUGAUGCAUCUCGCUGGCUCCCAGAGCUCCGCUCACCGACGCCCUCUGCUGUUUGAACCAAGAAGUGCCAUCAGAAUGGACAUCUACCUGGAAGAGGGGAUGAACUCUGUGAUUGUGACCCACUACAACCACUCAGGCAAGUGGGGACGUCCCCGGAGUGGCAGCACCUGCAAGAUGGCCGUGCAGCUGCUCAUCUGUGUGCUGAUUGUUCUGGAGAACGCGACUGUUUUGCUGGCGCUGCGGCGCAACAAGCGCUUCCACAGCCGCAUGUACCUGCUCAUUGCCAACCUAGCGCUGUCUGAUUUGCUGGCGGGUGUGGCCUACAUUGUCAACCUCAUCACUUCGGGCGAGCGCACCUUCUAUCUGACGCCGACACAGUGGCUGGCUCGCGAAGGCAGCAUGUUUUUGGCACUGAGCGCCUCCACCUUCAGCCUGCUGGCAAUUGGCGUAGAGCGGCAUAUGACUAUGGUCCGUUUGCGGCCAUGUGAAGCAGCAGCAGGGGGACGUGGACGGUUGUUAGCACUGCUGGCAGCUUGCUGGGCUGUCUCACUGCUGCUUAGCGCCCUACCCAGCCUAGGAUGGAACUGCUUGGGCCAGCUGCACACCUGCUCCACUGUGCUGCCACUGUACGCCAAAAGCUAUGUGGCCUUCUGCAUCAGUGUGUUCAGCGCACUGCUUGCUGCUGUGGUGGCGCUCUAUGUGCGCAUCUACCGGCUUGUGACAUCCAGUGGGCGGCGGGUUGGCUCACGCCCAUCUGAGCGCUCUCUGGCCCUGCUGCGUACCGUGGUGAUUGUACUGGGCGUGUUUGUAGCAUGCUGGUCACCGCUUUUCCUGCUGCUGCUGCUAGACGUGGGCUGUGGGCCCGAGCGCUGCCCUGUGCUCUACCAAGUGGAGUGGUUCAUCGUCCUGGCUGUCCUCAACUCAGCCCUCAACCCACUCAUCUACACGCUGUCUAGCCGAGAGAUGCGUGCCGCCUUCUUCCGCCUGCUGUGCUGCUGUUGCUGCCAGACGUCGCUAGAUGCAGUGCCGACCACCGCCGGGCCGCCACUGCCAGGGACUUGCAUGCCCACAGCUGAGAACAGCAAAUCCAGUGCUGGAGGAGUGGGCAGCGGGGCAGUCAGGUCCACGCUGAUGAGGAGCAAAGUCCCCACCCCAGCUAACUCUCAGCACAGGGACUCCUCCACACCUGCGGUCACACACCCCUCUGGGCCAGCGGAUCUGUUGUCCGCAGUGCUGGUCAAAGCAGGAGCGCUGCCCUCGCUAAGCAAGUUCUGAUACUUAACGGCAAGAGAAUCUUCAGUAUAGACCAAUCUUAAGGAGUCUGGACAUCCAUGAAGCACUUUGGACAAAUAAAUAAUAGGGGCGUAAAUUUCAAUCUAAUUCAAUUGUCAUAAUUUCGCAUCAGGAAAUCUCAAAUUUAACCAUAAUCUGAUUUGAAUUUAUUGUUUUGGUAAAAUUUGAUGCAAAAAUAUUUUCUACACGAAUACCAUAAAUACACUAAUCUCACUCUAACUAUGUCUAUAGUAGGAUAUUAACAAUGAAAACAACACAUCAAGCUUCUUUUACGUUUGAAAAUAGCCUGAGAAUUUUGCUUUGGCCAAGAAAUGGCUUUCUGGGUAUUAUCCUGACCGCUUCUAUAUAAUCUAAAAUUCCAAAAUUGGCGCACUUUAAUUGCUACAUUCUCACAGAUGCAUGACAGUGUAUUGACGCAUUUUUAAACCCCUUAUGGACAUGUAUGGAAAAGAUGCCUCAGUUAUUGCACUUGUAACAUCAAGCUUAUGGGUAAAUUCAUUAAGGUGAAGCUGGCGGAUGAGGACUAAAGCGCAUGGGUUUCCUACUUGUGGAAUGUAGCCACUUGGUUUAAAGAGGAAUUUCAGAUUUUUCAAAAUCUCUGCACAAUUCAACCACUGAGAUAGGGCUAACAAAAAAAAAAUUAUUGUGAUUAUCCCCUUUAGUUUAAAUAGUUAACUGUGAUUCAUUUAUUUGUUUUAUUUGCCCAAAAAAUCUGUGCAUUUUAUUUUAUUGGUAUGAGUGGACAAAAUAAGCUUUGUCAGAAUGUAUUUCAAGGAUUCAGCUUGAACGUGAAUGUGAAAAUCAUGUGAAUGUAGGAUGAUUGUGAAAUUAGUGAACACAGUUUCCAGUUUUCAUCACAUUCAGUGAGAGCAGCAGUGGCUGCAUGUUCCAUGCAUGAUUGUAGAUUCUUGCUCUCAUGCCUCUGACUUAUGUUUUGUUUUCCACUUUGCUAUUGUUUUUUAUUGGUUUAUUUCUUAAUCAUUUAUCCAUAUGUCUUCCGUGAACACUGUCUAGCAUAUUCUGCCAAAGUCAUCCUCCGGUGCCACCAGUACUGCUAUUACUGACUGUGGGCCUCAGAGGUGUGUUUGGCUUGUAAAUUAUACUAUGCCUCAAUAUAUUUUGGUAAUAAAUGCAUUUAUGGCAUGAUAGUAGCUGUUAAUAACAAAUUUUAUCAAUCAGUCACAACAACUACACAUGAAUAGAAGUGUUGAACUAGGAAAAUGCAUUAGGAACACAAAUAGAAAAGGAUGCAGUUAAUAAUUGUUCUCAUUAAUGUGUUAUUAACUUGCAAACUGACACCAACAAACAAAGUUAUAUUGGUGUGGUACUGCAGAGAAACUUACACUCUCCAUUUAUAUUGAUGAUGUACUUAAAAAUAUGUUUUAAGUCAAAAUCAUAUCUCAAAACAAUUGUUUUGGGGUUUUUGAGGCAGAGUACUCAUAACUAUUUCAUGUGACAGGUUUCCUUGAGGGAGCUUUUAGAGGCAUUAAACUCUUCAGACAUUCUGAAGUUAGGUUUCUCUAGAAUGGAGCAUUUCAUAUCAGAUCACUCUGAUUAACUUUGUUUACAUCCUAAUGAUUGAAUUAUGCAGAAAUGUAGAAAAAUCAACGGAAUCCCCCUUAUAAUAGGAAAUACAGAUGGCUAAGGAUCUGUGUGUAACACCUACCAAUACAGGAACACCUUCACAACUGCAGUCACAUACCUCUCCGGAACACAACGUGCUUCAGAACAGAGGGCCCAGGACCUCAAUGGAGCGCUCUGGACUGAUGGCAGAAGCAUCUUUGUAUUAACUUUCAACUGUUGCACUUAACAUUAAGCCUAUGGGUGAACUCAUUAAGAUGAAGCUGCUGAAUGUGGACUCAAACACACAGAUUUGCUUCUGGUGAGGAUAAAGCCACUGUGUCUAAUAUGAAGUAUGAAGGGUUAACAGACAGUACAAGGACAUUUAAUGGAUGGUUAAAUGUGGUACACAAUGCGUUACUGUAAAAUAGAAAAAGAAUGUUUAUAUUAAACAUAGCAUAUCGUCGCUGUCCAAAAAAUGUUUUUACAUCAUUUGAGCACAGCAACUGCCCUUUACAUUUAAGAAUAAUUUGAUGGUAGACCAACAGAAAAUGCUCCAAAAUUGCUUGGAAUUAAACCUCCUUACAUUGACUUACACUGAAAGUAAAGAAAGUUUUUGCCUUCACCUGGAAAGUUGUCAUUUUAAAGAUUUUUUUUGUUAUUUAUUAUUUUCUUUUGGGCAGUGACAAUAUGCACCAAAGUCUACUCCAAUGAAUUGUGUGAGUGCAACACCAUUCGUGUGUUUUUAGUAAUACUAUAUCUUGGAGGUCAGAAAGUAGAGCCACUAUAGACUAUGUCCACUCUAGUGUACAGUUUCUUUUGUAUAACACUAUUUGUAUUUUUUCAUGGAGGUAAUACCUUAACAGUAUUAUGUACAUUAUAACAUUCUGUCUGUUCCAAAUGCCUUUAACGGUAUAUAUUGUUUUUUUUUCUUUUCCAAAUUAUUCAGCUGGACAAAAACAUUAUUUAUAGUUUGCUCUCAGUAGCUCAUAUUACACCUGGUGAGGUUGAAAUGAGUGAUAAAGAGUGAUGACUCUAUUAAACUGUGGAUGGCUAUUGAUUCGGAUAUGGUCUGUAAGACUGGGCAAGGUUUGUAUGAGUGCAAAAAAAUUGAUUUGUAUGCUUUUCAUUCCUUUUGGUCACUGCAUAGCAAACAAAAAUGCUGUGCAUGUUUUUAUACAUUGUUGUGAAUGUAAUAUACAGAACCAGAUAAAUCCCGGCUUUUCCCAA